AUGGAGAAAGAAAGGAAGAAAGAGAGGGAGUUUGUCUUUGAGUUUAGAAGCUUGAUGUUUGAAAACAAGAAGAUCCCACAUUACUUGUGGAUUGAGAGAGUGUCGGUGUUACGUUUUAAUUUGUUUCAUCAAUGGCCACUCCAUUUUUUUUCAUUUUUCUGGUUUAAUUUUCUAUACUGCAGGAGCAUAACAAAUGCUACCAUGGCGAAGAGGAGGAGCUCGGGGUUUCUCUCCUGUGGAACCGGCAAUCCGAUCGACGAUUGCUGGCGGUGCGAUCCUCACUGGGAAAAGAACCGUCGUAGGCUAGCCGAUUGCGCCAUAGGGUUCGGCAAGCACGCCACUGGUGGGAGGGACGGGAAAAUAUACGUGGUGACGGACUCCAGUGAUCACGACCCCGUUAACCCUAAACCAGGAACCCUAAGACAUGCCGUCAUUCAAGAUGAACCGUUAUGGAUCAUUUUCGCCCGUGACAUGAAGAUCAAAUUGAAGGAGGAAUUGCUUAUGAACUCGUUCAAGACCAUCGACGGUCGAGGCGCCGACGUCCACAUUGCCGGCGGGCCCUGCAUUACUGUUCAGUACGUGACCAACAUCAUCAUCCACGGGAUCAACAUUCAUGAUUGCAAGAGAGGAGGGAAUGCUUAUGUUAGGGACUCUCCUAGUCAUUAUGGUUGGAGGACGAUAUCGGACGGCGACGGGGUGUCGAUAUUCGGAGGUAGCCAUGUUUGGGUGGACCAUUGCUCGUUGUCGAAUUGCAAUGACGGGAUGAUUGACGCCAUUCACGGCUCCACCGCCAUCACCAUUUCGAAUAACUACUUGACACAUCAUAACAAGGUCAUGCUAUUGGGACAUAGUGACACUUAUAAACGAGAUAAGAACAUGCAAGUCACCAUUGCCUUUAAUCACUUCGGAGAAGGACUUGUACAAAGAAUGCCAAGAUGUAGGCAUGGGUAUUUCCACGUGGUGAACAAUGAUUAUACACAUUGGGAAAUGUAUGCAAUCGGAGGCAGUGCCGAUCCUACAAUCAACAGCCAAGGCAAUAGAUUCCUUGCACCAAAUGAUGCAGACAACAAAGAGGUGACAAAACAUGAGGAUGCGCCACAAAGCCAAUGGAAGCAUUGGAAUUGGAGAUCGGAAGGGGAUUUGAUGUUGAACGGAGCGUUCUUCACCGCAUCCGGAACCGGAGCAUCGUCGAGUUACGCCAAGGCGUCGAGCUUGGGUGCGAGACCGUCGUCGGUGGUGAGCACGCUCACUGCAGGGGCUGGUGCACUUGUUUGCAAGAAGGGCUCGCGUUGCUAGU